AAAUUUAUUAACUAGUGGAAAUAACAAGUUUAUUUUAUUUUUCAUGUACAGGUUACAUCCAGAGACGUUUGGUCAAGGCCAUGGAGGGUCUGAUGGUUGCAUAUGACGGCACAAUCAGAAACUCCAACAAUCAGAUGAUCCAGUUGAGAUAUGGAGAGGAUGGAAUGGAUGGUGCUGCUAUCGAAUUCCAGAACAUGCCUACAAUAAAGCCAACCAAUUCUGCUUUUGAAAAGAAGUUCCACUUUGACUGCUCCAAUGAGAGGCGUCUCCGUCGUUAUCUGCAGGAAGAUGUUGUGCGAGACCUUUGUAGCAGUGCCGCUGCCUUGCAGGAUCUGGAAACAGAAUUUAGUCAAUUGCAGGAAGACAGAGAGAUUCUUCGUAAAAUUAUUCCUUCUGGGAACUCUAAGGUGGCAUUGCCAGUGAAUCUUGGCCGUUUGAUUUGGAAUGCGCAAAAGACCUUUCAUCUGACGAACAGAACACCAAGUGACCUUCACCCCCUCAGAGUGACUGAAGGUACAAGAACCUAGUUGGAAAUUGACAAAUGUUAUUUUGCCUCGUCUUGGGUACCACAUAAUGAUCUCAAAAUGUGGAGAGACAAAACAGUGAACAAUGAAUAAAGAUGGAAGGUUUAUCUCUUUAUUGAGGACUGACAGUAAAUAUAGAAUGGAUUGGCAAAAUGCUGUCAAUACAAUUAAGAUUUUCGAUGAGAGACGCGCGUCAGGGGACAGUCAAAAAGCAUGUGAAAGUGUUAUAUUGCUCACCAUGCAAACUUCUUUAAACAACAUCCUUCACCAGAAAUGUGUGGGUUAUU